ACUUUCGCUCCCUGCCGUCCCUCAGGUGGUGAAGAACCUGCACACAACAUGUGGAGCUUCACCCGCUGCCUUCGAUCUCGGCUCUCGCCCGGGCCGCAGUCCUGUAGGGCGUUCUCUCACGGGUCAGAACCAGCGCUCAGUUUUUCUGAUGGAAAGAUCUUCAGGCUGAAGAGCGGAUGGGAGGUGGCGCGGGGGCUCCUCAUAUUCCGCCUCUGCUCGGUGCCCACCCUGGUGAGGAACUCUGAGAAGCUGCUUUCCGUCUCUCGCAGGCUCCUGGGCCGCAGACUCUUUGAAUGGGGCAUGAGACGUUCCGUGUACGGGCAGUUUGUUGCUGGGGAGACCCUCCCCGAGAUACAGGACUGUAUGGACCGGCUGGCCAGGCUGGGCAUCCGACCCAUGUUAGCUGUGCCCAUAGAAGAGGAUUUGGGUGAAAGCAAAAGCGGGGAGCUCUGGUACGAGCAGAACGAAGAGAUCAUGCUGAAAUGCGUCGACCUCUCUGCGGUCGGAGGCGACCGUCCCAUGAUGCAGCUGAAGAUCACUGCCCUGAUGAGCGCUGAUCUGUGCAAGGUCCUGUCCAUGUGUCUGUCAGACCCGUCCCACCAGAUCAGUCCGCAGAGGAUCGUCUCCAUCAUGGAAGGGCAGGGCUCAGACCUCCCCUUCCUGUCCGAUCAGCAGAAUCAGCAUCUCCAGGCCUCUGUGCGGCGACUCAGCCGCGUCGGGAAGCACGCUAAAGCGAAGGGCGUCCGUGUCCUGGUGGACGCGGAGUACACGUACAUGAACCCCGCCCUCAGCCUGGUUACCAUGGCGAUGAUGGCGCAGUGCAACCAAGACGAGCCCUGGAUCUGGAACACGUAUCAGUGUUAUUUAAAGGAUUCCUUCAAGAACCUGACCCAGGACCUGGAGGCCGCCGAGCGGCUGGCGCUGUGUUUCGGGGUGAAGUUGGUCCGCGGGGCGUAUAUGGACAAGGAGCGGAAGCUGGCCAAAGAGAAGGGUUACCGUGACCCCGUACAGCCCGACUGGACCGCCACCAACGCGAGUUACCAGCGCUCCCUGGACAAGCUGCUCAAUCUGAUUGGACGAGACGGUCAGCGCCAUAACCUCAUCAUCGCGAGUCACAACGAGCAGUCCGUGCUCCAUGCUGCUCGUAGGAUGGAGGAGCUCGGGAUUGAUAAGAUCAGCGGCGCCGUGUGCUUUGGGCAGCUUCUCGGCAUGUGUGAUCACGUCUCGCUCACUCUCGGUCAGGCGGGGUAUCUGGUCUAUAAGUCCAUCCCGUACGGCUCGGUGGACUCCGUCCUCCCGUAUCUGGUGCGACGAGCGCAGGAGAAUCAGAGCGUCCUGCAAGGAAUCCGGAAGGAGAGAGACCUCCUGCGGCGAGAGCUGAGACGGCGCCUGCUGGGCCGGGGCUGAAGAGUCCGACCGCGUCCUCCUGAUCGACAACCUGACAACCAAAGUGUCAUAAUCAACAUGGGGGAGGGGGCACUUACUUAUUGAUACGAGGGCGGUGGCUCCUGCUGUGAUAAUAAUUAUAAUGAAUUUUCUAAAA